AUGAAAUCAAAAAUUACAAUUUUAUUAUUAAGCAUAAUUGCGCUUUUCAGUAAGGAGCAAGGAAUCGUUGCUAUGCCACUUUGUGCAACAUUUGAUAUCAUCGCAUCAAAUAUUUCACCAAUUCAAUUUUUUAUUGCAUUUAAAAAACGAUUGGUUAAUUAUGGUAACAAUGAUAAGAGUAUUGAUAAGAAUACACCAUAUACUCUUCAACGAUAUUGUGAUUGCAUAUAUCGGGUAAUGAUAUGUUUAAUGAUAAGCAUAGCAUUAUUGAUAUUUCGAUUUUCGAUUAACGGAUUUCAAUCUCCACAAUUUAGUCCAAAUGAUAAUUUAAUCGCUAGUUGUCCAUCAGCUUUCUUACGAGUUCGUUAG